GCGAAACGUUUUCUUUUCUUUCUCCUCCUCUAUUCCCCUUCCCUAUCCUCAGCUCAAUCCCGAGCAGAGCACAACGAGGCGACCGGGGCGCCCGAUCCAGAUCCACCGCCGCCGGGCGCGCUGCCGGCUCGCCCUCGCCGGAUCAGCGCCGAAGGCCGCCUCCUUCCCUCGUUCCCCUGCUUCUCCUCCCACCGGGCUGCCCCUAGAGCUACCAACCGAGCCUCCUCCGCCGGUGCCGAACCGCUGCCUGACCGCCGGCCGCCCACGCCAGAUUCGUCGGGAUCCGCCUCCUCCGCCGACGCCCGACCACCUGCCCGGACGCAGCCUCUCUUUCUCCUCCGCCCGACGGUGCUUCAUCCCAUCUCGAAGUGAUUCAGCAGCAAGUGAAACAAUGGAUGGUGAUAAAACAAGUCAAAAGGCAGUGUGGGAUACCGAUGCGGCCAGGAUUUUUUGUGAGAUUGCUUGCAAAGAGGCCAACGAGGGCAAUAGGCCUACCAAGACUUUGAGCGUUACCGGUUAUAACAAUUUAGGUGAAGAGUUCCAUAGACAAACUGGUAGGCUGUAUACUCGUAAGCAAUUCAAAAACUGUUGGGAUGAAUUGAAAAGCAUUUGGACAGCAUGGGUGUAUUACAUGCAAAAGGCUAGUGGAUUUGGAUGGGAUCCUGUAAAAAGAACUAUAACAGCAAGUGAAGAGCAGUGGGCAUACCUGAUCAAGGUCCAUAAGGAUAUUAAACGCUUUCGAAAAGGCCCCCCGGACAACUUGGAAUGGCCAGAGAAAAUGUUUCAAAGAGCAAGUGUGACCGGCAAUUCUUCGGUGAUGCCCGGUGCUGAAGAAGAUGACACCGGUGAGCGCCAAGACGUGGAUGGAAAAUAUUACCUUGUCGAUUCUGGCUAUCCCAAUGAUACCGGUUAUCUUGCACCAUACAGAGGACAGAAAUAUCAUCUACCUGAGUUCCGCAUAGGCCGAGCACCAAGUGGUAAACAAGAGUUGUUCAACUUUGCUCAUUCCUCACUCCGUAAUGUAAUUGAGCGUUCAUUUGGUGUGUUGAAGCAAAAGUGGCGCAUCUUAGGCGAUGUCCCGAGUUACCCGGUAAAGAAGCAAACCAAGAUUAUCAUCGCUUGCAUGGCACUUCAUAACUUCAUUAGAGAGAGCCAUUUGUUCGACGAGGAUUUUGAUAAGUGUGAUCGUGAUGAGGACUACAUGCCACCAGGGCAUGUGGUUGUCACAAAUGGGUGGAACCAUGAGGGACAAGGCAAUGUGAACAUGAAUGCCACUCGUGAAACUAUUGCCAAUGGACUGAUGGCCGAUAAGGAAUAAUUAGACUAUGAAAAAAUGUACUUAAUAUUACUUUUGGGCUAUGAUUAUCCGUUAUGACAUUGUAUGGUUAACUUUUUGGACAACGAUUAAUUAUGACAAUGGCUAUAUUAGUUGUA